AUGGCUGUCACGGAAUAUGGCCAACGGCCUCAUUCUUAUGCCUUGGCUGCACUCGAAGAUAGGUUCGAAGUCAUCAAGGAGGUUGGAGAUGGAAGUUUUGGAAGCGUUGCCCUGGCCCGGGUGAGAGCGAACGGGGCCAGUGUGGCUCGCCGGAACUCAAUGGUCGCCAUCAAAACCAUGAAGAAGACCUUUGACUCCUUUGCGCCAUGCCUCGAACUCCGCGAGGUCAUAUUCUUACGGACCCUUCCAGCCCAUGCUCAUUUGGUACCGGCUUUGGACAUCUUUUUGGAUCCCUUCAGCAAGAAACUCCAUAUCUGCAUGGAGUAUAUGGAUGGAAACCUAUAUCAAUUGAUGAAAUCCCGGGAACACAAAUGCAUGGACGCCAAAAGCGUCAAGAGUAUCCUCUACCAGAUUCUGUCGGGUCUGGACCACAUUCACGCUCACAACUUCUUUCACCGAGACAUCAAACCAGAAAACAUCCUCGUCUCCACAUCAGCACCUCACGACUCGCAGUCGGCCUUUAGCAGAUAUUCGUCUUUGGUCACUCCGCCUGCUACACCGCCAACUUAUUCCAUCAAGAUUGCCGAUUUCGGCUUGGCUCGAGAGACCCACUCCAAGCUGCCUUACACCACAUACGUCUCCACCAGAUGGUAUCGAGCACCGGAGGUCUUACUUCGAGCCGGCGAGUAUUCAGCUCCCGUGGACAUCUGGGCCAUUGGCGCGAUGGCGGUGGAAGUGGCUACACUCAAGCCUCUGUUUCCUGGAAGCAAUGAAGUGGACCAGGUUUGGCGGAUUUGUGAAGUUAUGGGUAGCCCGGGGAACUGGUAUACCAAGCACGGUACCCGGGUUGGGGGCGGUGAAUGGAGAGAUGGGACGAAGUUGGCUCAAAAGUUGUGCUUCUCUUUCCCAAAGAUGGCGCCCCAUGCCAUGGAAACCAUUCUACAACCACCUCAAUGGCCCUCUUCAUUCAGCAACUUCGUAACCUGGUGUCUGAUGUGGGAUCCAAAGAACCGUCCGACGUCCAAACAAGCUAUGGAGCAUGAAUUCUUCCUCGACGCUGUUGAUCCUCUCCGACCGAAGUCCUCGUCACGCCUGCUCGGCCGCAAACACUCGGACCUCAGUUUCAGGUCGAAGGACGCGGCCGAAACACCAACCGUCACAUCUAAACCUUCGUGGUUUCGGAGAUCGCUUAUUGCCCGAGAGAGCGCACCUGCCGUGCCCCAGCACAACACGGAAACUAAGGUUACGCAGCCAGAGCCCGAGAGCUUGGUCAGCAGACUUCGACCUCAAGCGAGUAAACGCGCGACGUGGACCAAUGGCACAAGUUCGACUGGUGCUGCACCAAUGCCGAUUUUGCCCUCAAUCCGUCCUAUCUCACCCCUGCCCAACGCUGUUACUGCCCAAGCAAGUUCGACAUUCACCUCGCAGCCAGAGUCGAAGCCCAACUCAUCUAAACCGGUUGAGGAGAAAUCAAAGAAAAUCGGCAGGCAGCUCUCGAUCAAUUCAAAUGGCAAUCAUUAUGCCGACAUCCACCGCCAGGAAGCCGAGCGAGCCUUGAAUGCGAACAGUGGACUUGUGUCUCCACCGAGUGGCCACAAGGAGAGCUUCUUCUCCCACCUGCGGAAGCGGGCUAGACGAUUUUCCGGCCGACACGGAUUGGCGUCUCCAAACGGUGAUGAUGUUGAGGCCAACGCCGCCAACGUCCCUUGGUCGAACCGAUCGUCGCUCAUGGUCGACAGCGUCAUCCCCGAGGGCAACAACGACUUCUCAGACCUUGACAAAAUUUUACAGAACGUUCGGUACAGCCUUGACCGUGCCGAACCAGAAUCAUCUCUACACAGAAAAUCAUCCACCGAUGUGGUAUCCAAUUCGGGAACACUAAAACGGACGCACUCGGUCCCCAGAUCACAAGGCAGCAGAUCAAGUGAGAAUCUCUCACAGACCCCUGCCCCUACAAACAAUCGGUCACGUCGUCCUCUGCAGAUUAAUCAAUACGAGACUCCUGAAGAAGCCGACGAGCUGUUGGAUGAAGCUCUCCGCUCCGCUCAUCGGGCGGUCCGGCGCCUGGAUCAACCCGUCUACCCGAAAGACCAGGCACAACGAGCUGCACUGGCACAGAAGGAUUAUAAUCGACAGUCAUUACCGCAAUUGCCGAGCAACCCAGCACUACACGGCGCCUACCUUACGCCGUCACCAUCCGCCAAGAGGAAUGGCGUCCAGUUUAGCUCCGAUGCUGGAUCUCAAGCCGAACCAUUGAACAUCACAAAGAAACGAACCGAGUAUGAACACGCUCCUUCCCACUGGCCAACGCCGCCAUACGAGGAGAACGAAUGGGCAUCUGCUGCUGCCAACAGCAUUUUUGCCGCCGGACAGAUGUUCCGAUAA